AUGCUUUUAAAUUGGUGGCAUUCAGCCUUAGCCUUGCCUAUACAGGAAAAGCUUAUUCCAAUACAACCACUAAGAGAUGAACAAUUACUUCAUCUUUCUAUUGAAAAUAAGCAAAAUAUUGUUGGAUUAUUAUCGCCAACAUUCCUCGAUUUGUAUUUGCCUUCACAACCAAACUUGUUGUCCACUUUACUUAUUCUUCUAAUUAUCACAGUAUUAAGCAUGCUUUUAUUAUUUACAAUGUUAGCACGUAUUCGUUUUAGUCGCUUUUUUGAUACAACACAAACACAAAAAUUGGAUGAGAAAGCUUCAUUCUCUGUAGCUGGAUUAAAUAGUAGCAAUAUCAAUCAAAGACGACAAGAGGGACACAAAACAAACUUUCGUUGUUUAUUAUUCGCUCAUAUCCCUUUAUGGCUUUUAUUAUUAUUUGGAUGUAUUUUAUUUGCCUCUACAAUGGUUGAACUUUUAGCAAUGCAAUCAACUAUCUUGGGGGAACAACAACAAAUAAAUAAAAAGGGGGGAGAAAAUUUGUUAACAGAAGAAUUAGCUUUGGAUGUAUUUGGGGAAGAAGAAGGGGAAUUAGCUAAUACACAAGUUUCCGAACGAGAACAAAGAGAAAUUGGAGGAGAACCUGGAGGUGGACAAACACUUAAAAAAUUCGAAGUAAUUAGAGAACUUGGAUAUCAAUUCCAUUCAUUAAUCUCGCCAAUUUUCUUGUCAGGCUGGACACUUUUAAUUCUUUUAAUUUUAUUACUUAUAUUUUUAUGUUCAAUGUUAUUAUCCCUUUUGGGUAUUUUAAUUGGUUUGUUUAGUUAUAAUUUCAAAAAAAUAUUCUCUUAUCUAAAAAAGGAAUAA